CUUUCUUGGUCAGCUUCUGUUAUCCAAACCCCCGCCUCAAGAUACCAUCACAGCUAUCUUUUUGCGCAUCGCAUUGGAUCAAAACAUCGUCGCCUUGUCAUCCUUUCCUCAGCAAGACUCAACUUCGCCAACUGCAGCCAUGUCGUUGCAAGACGCAUACAAGAGGUUCCUCGGUUCGCCAAGCGCCGCUGCGCUCUCCGACGACGCCUCUCUCCACUACAUCACAACCACCACCAGCGUUGCCGGCGCAUCCAAUAUCACCAAGCAUCUCUCGACCGUCGCCAGCCAGGUGAAGAAGGAGAAGGAGACCGUUCUAUAUGCCAUUGAAGGCCAAGAUGCCCUCGCCCUAGAAGUCCACACCUCCCUCGAAUUCCUCAUUACCGGAGGCCCCUACCUCCCUGGUCUGGAAGAUAACUACGUUGCCGAUCGCAAGGUCAACUUUACUAUUUUCCACAUCGUAACCUUCAACAGCGACGGCAAGAUUACACAAAUCCGACAGAGCUGGGACCAAGGCUCGCUUCUCAAGCAAGUCGAGGUGAUUGGUAGGUCCGGUCGCAACUGGCCGAUUCGCGACAGCAAGGAUCAGAUCAGCCUCAUCGCAAGAUGCAUCAAGGAAGGCGGCACUCCCGCUACCGACAACCAAGGCUCCGCGAGCACCCGUCCCAAGGUUACCAACGCCAUGCGCGAUCCUCAUGCCUCGCUUUCUCUGUUCGCUCCUCGUGAAGAGGUCGCAACCCCACCAGAGCCCGUUGUCUCUCCCUAUGCUGGAAGCAAGCCACGCCAACGCACAUUUGAGGAGAUUCUUGGAGAUGAGCCAGUUGAGGACCCCACCUCGCCCAGUACUGACCGGAGUCGCUCCAUGACUCCCGGUGUCGCCCCCAAGGCUGGUGCCUCGAAGCACUUUCAGCCCAUCCGUCUCUUUGAGACUGACGAGAAUAUGCCCCAAGUACCCGAUACACCUCAGUCAAUCUACUCGGUUCAGCGCAAGGUGAAGCCCGAUCCGACAAAGUACAAGCACUUCGACUUUGCCGACGGUUCCGAUCCCGCCGACGCACCCCAGCCUGGUGCUCCCUUCGACAAGAAGCCCAAGACCAAGCAUGACAGCCAGUGGUCUUUCGACGACUUUACCUCCCCCGAGAGGCCAGCUCCUACCCGUACCAUUGUCAAAAGUUUCCUUGGCAGCGUUGACGACCAAGAUCACCAAGGCCCUUCGACUCCGCAAAACAAGGCACCACCGCGUAAGCUACGCCGUGAUGACGAGACUCACUUUAGUGUUGGCAACGACGGCCCAUCCCCCGAGAUUCAGAAGAACAACCGCGGCGCUGGCACAAAUGCGGCCUCCCAUUUGUACGACGACAACCUCUUGAAAGCUGAUGGCAGUGCUCCAUCGCCGGUUGAGAAGAGCAACCGCGGCGCUGGCACAAACGCAGCCUCGCAUUUGUAUGACGACGACCUCUUGAAAGCUGAUGGCAGUGCUCCAUCGCCGGUUGAGAAGAGCAACCGCGGCGCUGGCACAAACGCAGCCUCGCAUUUGUAUGACGACGACCUCAUUAAGGCUGAUGGUAGUGCGCCAUCACCUGCGCCUCGUGCGCUGAGCAACAUCACCAACGCCAAGAAUAGGGAGAAGCACUUUGAGCCGCACUUUGAGAUCUCGGACGAAUCCCCUCAGGCUGAGAAGGGUGCCAACGGUCGCUCCAAGGCCAGCGAGAAUCGCCAAGCGGCCCAACGUGGAUUGGAAAGUCACUGGUCCAUCGAGAACGAAUCGCCCGUACAAAGAAAGGAGAAUUCCAACACGGGCAUUACCAUUGCAGGUGAUGGUAUGGGCAGCAGAAAGGGAUUUGAGGCUAGCACCGCUGUCAACAAGGGAAUCACCAUUGCCGGAGAUGGCAUGGGCGGCAAGAAGGGAACGCAGCGUAACUGGCUUACUGAGGAGGAGGAACCUCAGGACCUACAUCUCCAAAACCGAAACCCCGGCAAGAAGCAGACCUUGAAGUCUGACAACUUUUGGGACUUUUAAGUGGUCCUAUUUGUGAAGGAGAAGAGUGCGAACUUGAGGGUUUUUGUUUAGUUUGCUGUCGUCAUUUUGUUUUCUCGCACUUGAUAUCACCUGCUGUUUGUUUUUUUUGUUUCGCUUCUUCGAGGAUCAGCACCGCCAACCACACUGCUCCUGGACCCCAUGUUGGAGAAAACCUACCUUUGAAUAACAGAGCCUCAAGGAAUAGUAGAAAAGGGGGUCCCUGGCCUCUAGAGGGAAGUUCGUGCUUCGAAACGAGGAAAGUCGCCUGACUUUCACAGUUUUCUGGUUUAUGGGAGACCCUGAGACUUCACAGAUACCAACAUCAAUACCCUACGAGCAUGAGAGAAGAUGAAGCAGGAAUGGACGAUAUGAUGCGUACAUGACUCUUUUUGAGGGGGGGGGGCGUUGUUCUAGUAGGCAGGCAGGCAGGCAGGCAGAUACACCAAUGAAUGAAUAAUACCAAAAAAAUCCAUACC